GCACUCAGCUAUAAGUUUACGGAGACUCAAAGGCUGCUGGGAAAUGUAUCUUUGCGGAAACGUCAUGAGGUGCUAAAGAAGCUAACACCAGAGAGGUAAACUUACUAAAACAGAGACAUUUGAUAAAGAUGAGCGAACAAUACACUUGAAUAAGUUUACUUCAGCAGCAUUACGGUAAUCGUUUAUAUCGUUUUAAAUUUCUGUCUGCGCCUAUUUUGGAGCUUUACGUUAGCCUGACGUUUUCAUUGCUGCAGACCACUCAGUUUAACUCUAGUUUAGAUCUUUAUUCUGGUGAUAAACGCUAUGUUUUUAUUCCUGACAUGUUAUUUCCUCUUAAACAGGCGGUUUAAGUGAAUUCACGCAGCCUCCUCAGCAUCAUGGUGAGUACAACAAAGUCAUAUUUUACAGGUCGAUGAAUGAAAGUCAAUAAAAGCGUGCUGGGGUUAUUAUUGUGAAAUUUGAAGAGUAACCGAGGCUUAAAAAUAAAAAUGCAGUGUCUAAAAUUGAUGUACGGAUCAGAUUUCUCCUUGAACAUCAUCAGAUUCGUUCAGAAAUGUCCAUAAACAAGAGCUGUAGUUCGAUAUUUAAUGAUAUUUCUCAGCUGUUGAUGAGUUAAACUCUUCCAAACAUGACCAAAGAAAAAGUUUCUUGGUACAAAUUCGUUGUUAUUUGUGAAAAACUCGAAUAGUAUCAGUCCCCAUCAGCUUGUAAUUAGGACCCGACCAAUAUGGAUUUUUCCGUCACUCUGCUGCACUGUGAGGUAGUUAGUGGAUGAAGAUUGUCAUGAGGUCGCUGCGCCAUCUACAGGAUAAGUCAGGGAACUUUUCAGAUGGUAGAACAUUUUCGAAGUGAAACCAAAUCUUAUUCUCUGCAUGUACUUUCUGAAAAUAUUGGUGACAAUUGGCAAGUUUUGGCCGAUAACCGAUUAGUCUCAAACGGGCUAAAAUUGGCCGGAUAAAUCAGUCAGGUCCUACUUGUAAUGUGAAUUACAGUAAUGAUCCUAUUAUAAGUGACCACUUUAACCCUAACAUUUUCACUUGAUUUAGAUAAAAGUGGUGCCACUUACUGUCUCAUCAUUUAAAUACUGAAUCUGGAUGUUAAAUAAAAAAAACGACACAUUUUUCAGAUGUAAUUCAAGGAUGGAAAAAUAUAAUAUUCUGGUAAUUACGGUAAUCCUAAACCAGCUACUUUUAUGAAACAUGUAAUGUAAAACUGAAUUGUAUGAGAGUGAAUAAACUGAGCUGAUCCCUCUCAUUGGCAGGAGGACAUUGGCACCGUGAUGUCCUGGUUUUCCAGUCCCGUGUACAGCCGCUACUGGCAGCACUACCAGCAGGCAAUGGCCUGGCACCAGAGACACAGGCGUGCCUACAGAAAAGCCUUAGAGGCCGCCUACGGUCCUGCAUACCGCCAGGAGCAGCCUCCCAGCGGCCACCAGCGCUAUGCGGACUGGCAGGAGAGAGAAUGCAGGAAUGAGCAGGAAGAGGAGAGCGAGAAGGAGGAGGAGGAGGAAGGGAGCUGCUCUGACAGCGAGAUCGAGUGUGACGUCAGCAACAUGGAGAUCAGCGAGGAGCUCCGGCAGUACUUCGCCCAGACAGAAAAGCACAGAGAGGAGCUGAGUAAGACAGCGAGCGUUGAGAAAGUGAUUACUUGUUUAGUGUGAAGGUGGAGUUAGAGCGUCUGGAAAUAACCUGAUUUCCUGUCUUUGCAGAGAAGCAGCAGCAGAUGGAAGCCGAGCAGCAUGACAGCUACAUGCCGGCCGACCAGGACCUGCGCGGCGUCUCCUGGCGGGGCAGCGUGGCUCCACCCUUGGAGCGACCUGGCGAGAGACGAGGGGCAGAGAUGAAGAAGCUGUACGGCAAAGACUCAGCGAAGAUCAUGGCCAUGGAAGCGGCGAUGCAGCUCACUUUUGACAGAAACUGUGACCGCAAACAACCAAAGUACUGGCCAGUAAUCCCACUGAAACUGUGACUGGGUUACUAAAGGUUUAUUCCACCAUUUUUUACCUGUCUCUUAUUUAAAGCACAAUAAACAUCCCUGGAGUCAUCUGAGGGUCAGAGGUACAGUAGAACCAGCACUGCAGGUGAUGUAAAUGUAUUCAAACAACAUGUGCCUGCGUGUUUCCUCCUAAUCUGCUCCUGUUUACCCUCCAGCUCGGCGAUGUUACAUGCCGCAGUCGCUCCUCUUAUGCCUGUCAACUCUGUUUAACCACAAAAAAACAGUUCGGACCCUCCUCCUGUGUUCAGAUUUAGAGACACGUUCCCGCAUGGCUGCCUCUGAUAUUCCCCCCUGAACCACAAACACAAAGACUGAUUUGUUGUUGUUGCUGCUAAACCGCGCCUCUCUGGUUUUGACAUCUUGUUAAAAGCUGUUUUUUUGUUGUUUCUCUGGAGGGACGGUGAUUAUUCUCUUUUAUCUUGUGCUCACACCACCCGGCACACUUGUCCUUUUUUUUUAACAGAUGGAUGUGUAUUUUAAUGUAAACUGUUUAUAAUAAAGUGUUUUAUGUUUGGGAUAAAA